AUGCGCUUGCUCCUGCUCAGUGCCUUGGCAAUCCUCUCGGCCGCUCUCGCCGCCGCUCAAGGCUCGUCGUCGUCGGCCGCAACCUCGAGCGCAGCAUCGGCUUCGUCCCAGUCGUCCCAGUCGGGCUCGCUCUCGGCCUCGGCUUCCGGGUCCGCCAACGCCAGCACCUCGACCGCCCCGAGCGGCGUCUCGGUCGCGCCCGCGUCCACCAUCACCUCGCAGGUCGUCUCGGUCGUCACCUCGGGCAACGCGACCAGCACCCAGACGCUCAACGUCACGUCCGUCAUCCCCGCCAGCACCUCGACCCUGCCCGUCAACCUCACGACCGCCGGCACGCCCACCGCCUUCGUAGGUUCGAUGACUGCCUUUGCGCCCGGCGCGACCGCGCGCGGCAUCGCUGUCGGUCCAGACGACUCCUAUGUCGCCGGUGCAUCUCGCCUCGUCGCCGGCUCGUUCCUCGUCGUCGCGGCAGGCGGCGUCGCCCUCCUUGUCUAAUGCCCUUUACGCGUUUCCCUCGUCACGGACACUCUCUUUGGCCCCCCAGUAGACACUUUCCCGACCCCUCUCGUCCUUGUUGUGUAGCUUUCCCUCUCCCACUCCGAGUCCGCGAGCCUGGCUCCUUCUCCCUCUGCAACAAACCCUCGUCACGCUCUU